UGGUUGGUUAUUUUCAUCACCUCCAUCUUCUCUAUGUUCCCCUGCAGUCCUGUAUUCGCUGCCUGCCUUUUCCUAAAUUUUUUCGUUUUCUCCUGGAAGUCUUCGAGAGUUUGUAUGACAUUAAACAUAAAUCAUCCAUACACGAAAUCCAGAUCUUCUUGAGUCUUCUUAUCUGGCCAACGUAUUCCUCUCUUCAUACAAUGUAAGAAAUCUAAAUAUCUCAGGACAGUUAUGCUUAUCGUUCGAUUUAUUCUGUUUAUCCACCGAUAUUCACAUUGUCAUGAAAUCAUAUGUAUCAUGUUUAUGUUCUUUUUAUGUCAGUAGAAAAGAAAUUUAUUCCAGUGAUCCCAAUAAGACGGUAGCCGUUUGUUUAAUAGAGAAAACGUGUACAAGUUGUCUUUUGCAUAAACAACAAUACUGUUAUUCUUAUCAUUCUAAAAUCUUCGAAGGAACAGAUUAUUUGCUGAAGUAUAGACAGACUAUAAUUAAUAGAGUACAAAAAAUAUGUAUCCACAUUUGUCGACAAAAGUAUUAA